UACGAGGGGUCAGUGUCCAGAGCAACGAGAGUUCAGUUCUCGGACUCUGGGUAGGCGUGUGGCGCACAGUUCUGUGUAGAGGUCUACUAUCACACUGAAACCCUUAAUUAACGAGUGAUUUUCCUGGCAUUUAAUAGUUCUGUGUUUUUCUAAGUCUACACUGUCCACCCCGCGAAGCCUGUGAAGCUCUUCUCGCCCGCAGCCUCUCACUACUCAGGAUGUGCGCAGGCGUGGGGCUUUCGGCAUACUAGACGAGCGCCGAAACAUCGCUCCGAUACAGCGCCAUCUUGACUUGAAAGAUCCAGUGCCGCUGAGAAGAGCGAGCCCUAAGAACUGGGUGCUUAGCAGAUCCAGGUUGCGUCCCGACAGUUCGGCUCCGAGGCGGGCCCCGGGGCCUAAGAUCUCAAGCGUCCCCGAGCCCUGUCUUCGAAGAGAAGGCUUGGCGGCAGCUCUCCCCUGACCCUGCCUCGGUUUCAGCAUUGUGAGCGUAGGGGUGGGCCCGGGUCUAGCCACCGAGUAUGUUUCACGGAAUCCCUGCCACUCCCGGGAUGGGAGCCCCUGGGAAUAAGCCCGAGCUGUAUGAGGAAGUGAAGCUGUACAAGAAUGCCCGGGAAAGAGAGAAGUAUGACAACAUGGCAGAGUUAUUUGCCGUGGUGAAGACAAUGCAAGCCCUGGAGAAGGCAUACAUCAAGGACUGUGUCACCCCUAAUGAGUAUACUGCAGCCUGUUCCCGACUCCUGGUCCAGUACAAAGCUGCCUUCAAGCAGGUGCAAGGCUCAGAAAUCAGUUCCAUUGAUGAAUUCUGCCGAAAAUUCCGUCUUGAUUGCCCACUAGCAAUGGAGAGGAUCAAGGAGGACCGACCAAUCACCAUCAAGGAUGACAAGGGCAACCUCAACCGAUGUAUUGCUGACAUUGUCUCGCUCUUUAUCACUGUAAUGGAUAAGCUCCGUCUGGAAAUCCGUGCCAUGGAUGAGAUCCAGCCUGAUCUUCGAGAAUUAAUGGAGACCAUGAACCGCAUGAGCCACUUGCCUCCUGACUUUGAGGGUCGACAGAAAGUCAGCCAGUGGCUUCAGACGCUGAGUGGCAUGUCUGCUGCAGAUGAGCUGGAUGAUUCUCAGGUCCGACAGAUGCUGUUUGAUCUGGAGUCUGCCUACAAUGCCUUCAACCGCUUUCUGCAUGCCUAAGCCCCAGGGCUCUUGGUCCAUCCUACUCAGCUGCAGUUUGAGAGCCAGGACUAUGAAUUACAGGGCUAGGAUCCCUGACUUGUGGGUAGGAGCCUAGAAUAAACUACAUACUUCCACCCCCUUUCUUCCAGCUUGGUGUGAUAAGGAUUGGGAGGGCACCUAUCUCAGGGUUGCAUAAGAAUGCUCUUCCUUGACCACUUCUCCAAGAGAUGAUGAGAAGUGGUGGCCUGGGAUUCAUUCCUACCAGAGCAUUCUGCUUGGGCUGGCCCCAGCCCUUAUAAUCCAGGGUGCAUUAACACAAUCACUUCUGCUCACAGAUGGUGUCUGAGCCAAGGCAUCAGGGACUCUUGGGUUCCUUGGAGAGUGCUUUUCCCCACUCCUUCCUUCUUUUCAAAUCCAUAUAACCCACAUCUACUGCUAGCCAUUUAAAUCUCUCUAAGUUGGAAGAAGGGGGAAUGGGUGUGGGAUUACAGAGGUAGUAGUCUAGAUGACCUGAGUUCACACCUAGUAGCAGUAUGUGAUCCUGGACAAGUCACUUAACCUCUUUCAGUCUCAGUUUCCUCAACUGUAAAAUGGCAUAAAUAUCAGUGCUCACCUCUAAGGGUUGUGUUAAGAUCAACUGAGAUGAUAUUUGUAAAAAGCUUGGCACUGUGUCUGAUGCAGAGUAAACACUUUAUGAAUGCUUAUUCUCCCCCCCCCCUUAAUUUCUCUUAAAUCCUUGCAGUGGAAUUAAGAAUUGGAACUUAAUUUGUAUCCCUCUGACUCCUUGAGAUUUUUUUAUUUUGGGCCUUUUUCCAGGUAAGGCUCUGAAUCAAGUCAUCCCCACUUCCCUAAAGCAGUUUACAAAGUCAGGUACUUGUCUUUUAAUCAGGAGCCUCUUGCUCAGGUUGGGCAUGGAUAUUUCUCUGGCAGGUCAGUGGGGUACAAAGGACCCAGCAUUGUCUGGGGCCUACAGGGUAGGUCACAGGAUAGCCCAAGCCUGCCCAGCCUCUAACCUCUGCAAGAAUGGUCAUAUUAUGAUAUGAACUGAUAUGAAUUAAGAGUCUAAAAUCACUUUAUCCAGCCAGAUAAUCCCAGAGAUCUUCCAUACCCAGGGAAACCUGUGUCCAGUCUAUAAUCCCCAUUCAACCUAAAUUUCUGUUGUCGUGUAACUAUGUUCCUCACCUCUGUCAGUAUAUAAGGCUAUAGUCCUCCCUGUGUAAGAAGAAACAACUCUGGGAGCACAAUGGUGAGGCUCUCUGAGACUUAUUCUCCACAGGUAAUUGGCCUUAAUCCAAAGCUAUGUACCCCAACACUCAGGCAGGAAAACAGGAUUAUUCUGGGUGCAAGGAUUUGCUCUGGCACAGAGAGUAGAUUGUUUAGACCACUUCAGUAAGAAAUUCUGUAGGAGGUGAAUGAUCAAGCCACAUGAGACCCCAUGGUCUCUUUCCAGCUCAGAUUCAUGAAUGUUAGGCUUUGGCUUUGGCCUUCCAUCCUUGUAUUUUUGAAUUUGAAAUGAUACAAGAAAUCCUGACACCAUUAGAUGGACGAACAGUUGGAUCGAGCAAGAGGUCACCAAGUAUUAACACUAGAAAGACCAGGAAUGUUAGUUGACAUAAAAUUCUUUAUUAAAAAUUUAUUUUGAAAGUAAAA